CAGCAGUAGAGGAGUCGUUUGAGAAGCAGACGCGCUCACUGCUAACUCUAACCCCCGAUGCAUUGUAUAGCUUUAGAUCUGCAUGGGCAUCAGCGUGAGGACAACUGCAGUGCCGAGCGUGUAAAACGAGAGGUUUAGAAAGAGGACAGCGGGUCUUAUCGCAAGCUCGGGAUUGUAGAGAUAAGGAAGAGGAGAAACGAAGCAUCACGUCUCUACUUCAAGUGUUCCGACACAUCUCUAUCCCGACACAUUGCCUUUCUCUAUUUAAUACCCCGACACAUUGCCUUUCUAUUUAACGCAAGCUUUCACACGCAUUUUGCGGAAGGCGUAUCUUGAGUUCCGUUUGUUUCAAUUGAUGUCAUUGUUUUAAUAAGACAUGCCUCUUCAGUGACACUUCUCUGCACUGUCUUUGAAUCGUUUUUUAGGGUUUGUGUGUAGCACUGCCUGGCAUUUUCUACAUUCCUUUUUUAUAAUUUCCGGAAGUGGGCUUACACUGUAAAAUGCACAUGAUCUGAACUUGCAGAAACGCAGAGGAACGUUUUUCUUUACCGCUGGGUCACUAUUGUUGUUGAUCGUGGUUUGAUGCAUGGCCAGCGCUCGCUGCUGUCUGAAUUGAUGAGUGCGUCGCUUAUCCAGUGACCGGAGCUUGGACAAUACACACACACAUCUAGCAACACGUCUACACGUAGAUUUACACUGCACAUAGCUUCUGUUAUACAUUGUUUUUGCUGACUGCGAGGAAUUUAAAAGUAAUCCAAGGAAUAUGCUGCUAAAGGAGUAUAGAAUCUGUAUGCCACUGACAGUGGAAGAGUACAGGAUCGGACAGCUGUACAUGAUCAGUAAGCACAGUCACGAGCAGAGCGACCGAGGAGAGGGCGUGGAGGUGGUGCAGAACGAGCCCUUCGAGGACCCCGCACACGGCAAGGGCCAGUGCACAGAGAAGCGUGUGUACCUCAACAGCAAACUCCCUAGCUGGGCUAGAGCAGUGGUGCCCAAGAUCUUCUAUGUAACGGAAAAGGCCUGGAACUAUUACCCAUACACCAUCACAGAGUACACUUGUUCCUUUUUGCCGAAGUUCUCCAUUCAUAUAGAAACAAAGUACGAAGACAACAAUGGAAGCAAUGACAACAUCUUCGGCAGCGAGGCCCAGGACGUGGACAGAGAGGUCUGCUUCGUUGACAUCGCCUACGACGAGGUCCCCGAGCGCUACUACAAAGAGUCAGAGGACCUGCGCUAUUUCAAGUCUGAGAAAACAUCCCGUGGUCUGCUCAAGGAGGGUUGGAGGGACAGCCAGCAGCCAAUCAUGUGCUCCUACAAGCUGGUGACUGUGAAGUUCGAGGUGUGGGGGCUGCAGACACGAGUCGAGCAGUUUGUGCACAAGGUUGUUCGAGACGUGCUGUUGCUUGGACACAGACAAGCUUUCGCCUGGGUGGACGAGUGGAUCGACAUGACAAUGGAUGAAGUGAGAGAAUUCGAAAGAGCCACUCAGGAAGCCACCAACAAGAAGAUCGGAAUCUUCCCCCCCGCGAUCUCUAUCAGCGAAACCCCCCUGCCCUGCUAUACCCACAGCGGCCCCUCCAGCGCCCCCUCCACCCCCCUCGCCACCGACGCCCCUGAGUUCCUCUCCGUGCCCAAGGACCGGCCCCGCAAGAAGUCAGCCCCCGAGACCCUGACCCUGCCGGACCCUGCGGACAGGGUGCCCCGCCUGCGCCUGCCCUCCCUGCGCCUGCCCCAGCGCUCGCCAUCCCACCAGCCCUCAGACGCCAACCCCCAGUAACCGCUGGGGGUGUGUGUGUGUGUGUGUGUGUGUGUGUGUGUGUGUGUGUGUGUGUGUGUGUGUGUGUGUGUGUGUGUGUGUGUGUGUGCUGAUAACCAGCCUUUAUUUUUAUAGGACAUCAGCAUCCAGUAAAAAGACCUUAGCCCUUAUUCUGAUAGUGAAACAAAUGCAUGGAGGAAAGCGUUUUUUUUUUUUUAUUUCUUCAUUUUGUUACACACUGUCUGCUGAAGGGGAUUCUAAAAGGCUCAGUCUCUUGAGCAUGUUUUCCGGUUCGGCUGUAUUGAACCGCCUGUGAAAGGUGAACGUUAGUUUUUCUCAAAUGAUUACCAUGUCCAGUUUUUGAAAUGCUAUGUGUUCCUUUCAUUUAGUAUGUGUCUGUUUUAACUCACCUGUCACCCAAGUCUUGGGUCUAUGCAGUGGGGUAGAAUGUACACAUGACAUGAGCUUUUGAAAGGGUAGUACCGGGCAGUUUCAAUGGUUUGAAAGGGUGUUCGCUGUUUGCCCAGUGGAGUACAUGUGUCUCUCUCUGAUGUCUGUGAAUGUUUCUUUAUGGACAAGUGAACCAGAAGUUUUAUACCAAUAAAGGUGCGCCAUGGUAAAAGAAUAGCGGAGUGUAGUAAUGAGUUGUAAAAGCAUGCUAAAGAAUAGAGUGUGGUAAAGCAUGGCUGUGUGUAGCUUAGUAAACAGAAAAACAUGGUUCCAUGCAUGUUUACCAUGGUACACUGUUACAAGGUCAUUGGAAAGACUGAGAGGUGUCAGUUCUUAGGGCUUCACAGCUGGAUAUCCAGUGCAUUAGUGCAGGCUGGAGGAAGGCAGACAUGCUGAUGUUUAGGAGUUGUGCUCUGGCCUGCCCCCCCACACAGACACAUGCGUCUGCCCUGGCUGUUGCAAAAGAACCAUGAGAUAACAAUAGCCACAAAAUAGCCAUCAGCAGCAGGAAACACAUUUGUUAUAUAACACAUGCACGGUCCACAGUGUUCAGAUCACACAGGCUGGUGCAUUAACCCUUUCUGUCCUGUAUCCGUGUUCAGAUCACACAGGCUGGUGCAUUAACCUUUUCUACCCUGGAUCAGUGUUCAGAUCACACAGGCUGGUGCAUUUGCCAUUUCUGUCCUGGGUGUAGCAGUGUGUGCAGUGGCUGUUAUAUCCAAGAUCUGAAUCCGUUUGUAGUUCAGACUGUAAAAAUGGAAAUGGGCCAGUUAGUUAGUCAGUAAUAAUGCUUCUCGAUUGCUGUGCUCCUGGUGGCAGUGGUGCCUUAGAAGAUGAAUCCCGAAUGCACACAGAAAUCAUUCCACACUCAGUUCCAGACCCUGUUAGAAAUACAACAUGACAGUGAGGAGGAGAGAGUGGUUUUGCAGAGGUGCAGCUGCAUUAGAGGACAGCUCUCUCAGACACUGUUGGAUCGGGUCUAGAAAGCCAUUUAUUAUAAAGUGCUCAAGCUCAGGAGAGCAGGAGAAGAAGAAGCUGCUGCCGACACUAGAGUCCAGGAAACUGCAGAAACGACGUGCUUGUAUGAGAUGAGCAAGCUGUCCCGUUGAGAUCUCUACUUUCAGGGAUAAGCCCUUUGAUCCAAGCCAAAAAAACAACACCAGGCUGUUAAGAAUAUCCGUUUGUUUUCAUCCAGUUGUCCCCUUUGACGUGUGAUCUCUGUUGUUUUAGCUUUGUGCAUCGUUAGCUUUUGAAAGCCUGUUGAUAUUGCCAAUGUACUCUAGGGUAGCAGCUUCCCAUGGGUAAGAAAUGCCUUCUUAUAAUAAAAGGAGAUGCCUUGUGUACAUGCCAGCUAGAUAGAUACAAGACCUUACACACGAUAUUGCAGACAUUGCUACAAACAGUACAUUGUUGCUUUGUGUUCCUAUGUGAAUUCUUGAAAAGCCGACGGUCUAUUUGUCUAAACAGUGACAGAUCUGUUUAGUUAUUUAAAAAGGGCUCAAAAAAUGGAACAGUGCACGUUGUGAGUCUCAGUCUUCAGUGUAUUGCUGUAAAACACCAGGGAAGAUUCCUAUUGUAAUUAUUAAAAGUGCGGUGGCAUUUAGAUCUGCCAGCAUUGUAGACCUAUCAAAUAAACCCCAGAACUUGUAGAAUUCCGUUUUAAAACAUGCUAAAGUAAAUAUUGCACAGUGUUCCAUACCUUAACAAUUGUCUGCACAUUGUAACAGAAAGCAGGGAUUUUGUUCACUCGAAGAUGUAUAUAAAAAAGUGAAUGCAAAGUUGACUAGUUGCGUAGUAUCCAUUCUUAAAAAAAAAAGCAGAGACUUGAUUAAACUGAGCAUGUUUCAGGAAUAAAAUGUCCCUCUUAUCUCAGUGCCUCUCUGCAUGCGAUGCUGUAUCUUUUAAUCUGUAAACUAAAUCUGUAACAUACCUUUGUAUAAACUACUUCCUGUUUUUCAUGUACCUUCUUCAAGCUGUGUAGCCUCAAACCUUUUACGAUACCACUGUAAAAUAAGCUGGCCAUAUCUGAACCAGGUUCAGUAACUGAACCCUGAACACCAGCUGGAAGACCUUUCAGUGGCCAGCAUUGAAUCACACUGUGCCCCUCGACACCCUCCUGCACGCCUGUCCGCUCUCAGAGCAGGGAAGAGGAGCAACAACUGGAAGCUGGGCUUCAUUUAAACGGAAGAGUUGGCUUUGAAAACUCGUUAGGGUGUCUUUUAAAAAAGAAUAUUUUUUUUUGUAUUACUAUUUUCUGUUGAAUUCCAUGACAUUUUUCUUAGGUUUGCUGUUUCUUUUUUUCGUUUUGCACCACUGUCGUUUCAGAUUUAAAAGGACCAAGUUUUUGAAUGUAAAGCCACUCUGUGUUUCUUCAGAAGUGCCACUCUGUGUCAGGCUCCCGAGAGUCUGUUUUGUUUCUAUAGAUUUGUGUUUCUUUGUUAUUAUCUUCCACUUUCUUACAUCUUGUAGUAAAUAAAGUGAAAUGCAAUCUGACCUGAGUUUUUUUUAUACAAUCACC